CACCAACUUUUCUCAUGAGAAGUUUUGAACUUUGCAAAAAACAUUCUUCUGGGCUCCCUUUCAGUUCACCGCCCCGUCUAGAAGAAUCUGUUCCAUGCAAAGCGGUUUUCUCCAGGUUUUCAAACACUGUUUUUCCAGCUCAAUUUGGAAAUUCCCUGGACCUUUGCAUGCCAGAAGACCGUUCCUAAGAGAGAGUGUUUUCUUCUUUCAGGGAACUUUGAGGAAGGGGCUCUGCUGAAAGGCACUCAUAAGAGUCUGCACAGGAAAGUCACUCGGAGAAUUGCAGAGAUACAAAGAAUACACAAACUCACCACCUCGUUUCUGCAAUUCAGUGCAGAAAGGAUUGCUUAAGCUUGUUGACCAAAAGAUCAAAGGACCCUUUGAUCAGCAGGGAUUCCGGCCUUGAGCAUCAACUGCCUUGGUAUUUGUCAACGGGGACAAGAGAGCCCAGGUGGCGUAACAGUAGGAGAAUUUUGGGAGAGGGAAAAUGAAGGAACCAGGUGAUAUGUCUGCAGAAGUUGGGCAUUUAGAGAUGGAAGAAAAAAGUAAGCCAAAGAGGCAGAAGAAAAGAAAAACAGCCGAGAAAGAAAAGCAGAGGAAUGAAUCUACUCCCAGUGAAUGUGGGGUUGCCGACAAAAUCCCAGAAAAAGAAAUACAGGAGGAAAAGACAGAGAAUAAAUGUCCCGUAUGUGGGAAAAUCUUUUGUUCUAAAUCCCGCCUGAAAGUACAUCAGAGAAUCCACACAGAGAAGAGGCCCUAUAAAUGUUUUGAAUGUGGGAAGAGUUUCAAACAGAGUGGACACCUUUCUCAGCAUCAGAGGAUGCAUACAGGAGAGCGACGGUAUAAAUGCCUGGAGUGUGGGAAGAGUUUCAGCCAGAGCACAUAUUAUAUUCUGCAUAAAAUAACCCACACGGGAGAGAAACCUUUUACAUGCUUGGACUGUGGAAAGAGUUUUAGCCACAGCAGGAAACUUACUAUACAUCGCACCAUCCACACGGGGGAGAGACCCUAUAAAUGUCAGGAGUGUGGCCAGCGCUUCAGUCAGAGCACACACCUUACUUCACAUCAAAGAAUCCACACAGGGGAGAAGCCUUAUAAAUGUUUGGAGUGUGGCAAAUGCUUCAAUCAGAGCACACACCUUACUCUCCAUCGAAGGAUUCAUACAGGGGAGAAACCCUAUCGGUGCCUGGAGUGCGGAAAAUGCUUCAGUCAGAGCCCGCAUCUCACUUUACAUCAGAGAAUCCACACAGAAGAGAAGAUGUAUAAGUGCUUAGAGUGUGGAAAGAGUUUCCACCGAAGUGACCAUCUGACUUCCCACCAAAGAAGCCAUACAGGAGAGAAACCAUAUCCGUGCUCAGAAUGUGGAAAGAGUUUCAGUCGAAGUUCCAUCCUCAUGAAACAUCAACGAACCCACAAAAGUGAGGAAACCCCUGAGUGAACAUCCUCAUACACCAAGAUGAACAGAUGGGGCUUUGCUUUGUGUGUUCUGGAAUUCCAGGGCUUGGAAAUAAGUUGCAAGAAGCAGAGCCUUCUCUGUCGUAGCACCUGGAGAUAGCCUCAGAUAGAAUCCCCAUAAUCUGUGGAAGAUCCUUGAAAAAAGGGAGUUCCCAAUCUUGGAAACCAGAGCUGGAAAACCAGAGCUGUGCUCCUGUUUUAGCUUGUAGUCUUUGUGCUUCAUUAGAAACCCACAUUAUUUUUGUGGCAAGGAGUGCCUCUUAGAUGCUUUGGUUGGUAUGCCAAGCACACCUGUUCUUGGACGGAGGGAACCCGAACAGUGCAGUCCAAGCACAGGUGACUGAGGUGACGGCUGGCUGUGAUGCCUGGCCACACACUGCUGCCUCGAUUAGCCACAGGGGCAGGUUCAAGGUUUUGUUGCUGGCACAUUGGGAGCAAGUUACCUGGUGGUUCACCUUUGCCUGAUACAGAGCAGUUGGAUUGUUAACAUUGUCAUAGGAGGUCUGGCUGGUUGUGACGCAGCCACUCUGGAGGUCUUGGAGAUGCCAACUGGCAUGCCUUUCCAGACUGAUUGAACUGCUCAGUUUGUUGAAUUUCUCUGAUUUUGAUUCAUUUUGAAUGUUGAUUGAGUUCUCUGAUUUUAAACAUUUUAGUUGAGUGUUUUUUCCCCUUUUUAACCGCAAACAUUUGUAUGCUCUGCUUUUAAUAUUUUAACAAUGGACAUUUUGUAUUUCAAUCUUUAGUAAACUACUUCAAGGUAUCUUUUUUAGCUAUAA